AAGAAUCAACCCCCGCUUUGCCCUAUCGAGAACACGUACAACCCCAAGACCGGAUGUUUACCAAUCACGGCCAUGACAAAGACGUCAAUUACCAUCCAGUCAUAUCAACACCUGAUAAUCCGUACAGAGACAUCACGCAAAGCCAACUAAUGGAUUCGCUAACGACGGUCAAUAACCAAAUAGUAACGAGCUUAGCCCGUCAACGUUUACCAAUUUCUGAGCCAGAUAUAUUUGACGGUGACGCCACGCUAUUCCAGCCCUGGAAAAGAGCCUUCAAAACUAUGCUUCAUGAUGCGAUAGUUUCACCGACCCAAGAGAUCAACUAUCUAAGAAAAUUCACCAGCGGCCCCCCGCAAGCCCUGGUCGACAAUUACAGAAGAGAUUGCGUGAUCCCGCAACGCUACUUGAGCAACUCUGGGUCGAAUUAGAGAAGCGUUUCGGCAGUCCAGCGAUGAUAAGCAGCUCGCUCCUAGAACGGCUGAAAAACGCCGCCCGCUUUAGUGAAAACCAGCCAGAAAAACUGCAACAGUUUGCCGAUCUCUGCGCUGACGUCGAGAGCCAAGUCGCACAACUACCAGGCCUUGCCUGCCUUAAUUUUGCGAACGCGAUGCAGCCGGUAAUCGAUAAGCUACCAAAAUCUAUCUGCGCAAAAUGGGAGAAAGAGAUAGCGAAUUUCUCUGACGCUAACGGCGGCGUUUACCCUCCAUUUGAGCGUUUCGCGAAAAUAAUCCAAGGGCAGGCUAACAUUAAAAACAACGCCAAUGUUUUAGCCAGCAAGGCCACUACUACCGAAGUUACACCCUCCUCUGCGCACGCCCCCAGACCUCGCAGAGAGCAGAGAACGUUCAAAACUAACGCGCAGCCCCAAAGAAAAGGGAGGGAAGGACCCGAAAAUAAAAAAGUAAACCGAUGUCCCUAUCAUGAGAGAGACGGGCACACCCUAGCCGAAUGCAAAACGUUCGCAGCUAAAACCGUCAGUGAGCGCAAAAAGUGGCUAACUGACGCUACCCUAUGCUAUCGCUGCCUCGAUCCGUCACACUUUGCUCGCGACUGCCGCGCCCCUAUACAGUGCGCAACCUGCGGCGACUUACGUCACAACACAGUGCUGCAUAGAGACCCACCCCCUCCCAAGGACAACCCCGACCCCGAGAAGCCGGUCACCGCCAAAUGCACUGCACUCUGCGACCCCGUCGGAGGGACAUCCUGUAGCAAAAUGGUCCUAGUAGACGUCUAUAGCAUACACAAACCAUCUACCGCUCAGCGCAUUUACGCCAUUAUCGACGAACAGAGUAACACCUCACUUAUCACCAGCAAACUCGCCGACGACCUUGGCGCCGAUGGCCCUAGAGAAGUCUACAACUUGUCGACAUGCAGCAACGAGAGAGAGGAAAAGAGUGGUAGACGAGUGACAGGCAUCGAGGCACGAUCAGUCAGCGGAGCUGCAUUUUCGCUGCCUACACUCGUUGAGUGCGACGUCAUCCCAGGGGACAAGCGCGAGAUCCCCACACCUGAGAUGGCGAGGAGCUUCAAGCACCUUAAACCAAUCGCCGACCAGAUACCCCCCCUAGACGAUACGGCAGAGGUUCACCUCUUGAUAGGUCGCGACGCGCCAGAACUACUGAAAGUGAAAGAGUUCAAAAACGGCCCCAGAGGAGCCCCGUGGGCACAGCGACUAGCCCUUGGAUGGACCAUCAGCGGCCAGAUGUGCCUCGACUUUGCGAACGGUCCCGCACACAUUCUGAGCCGCCACACCCAUGUGUCCAACCGUGAGCGACAGGAGACCGGGGACGAGAACUACGAGAUAGUGCCGUGCCCCAACAUGCUCAAAGAGAUAUCCCAAGUCAAGUACUACACCGACUCGAAGGUGGUACUCGGUUACAUAACGAAUGAAAGCCGGCGCUUUUAUGUCUAUGUAGCCAACAGAGUUCAACAGAUAAGAAGCUUGUCUAACCCAGAGCAGUGGAGGUACGUGGAGACCGAGCUCAACCCUGCCGACCUAGCGACGCGAGGAGUAUCACGGAACAAACUAGGAGAAACCAGCUGGCUUAGUGGUCCCACAUUACUCAAAAAUAUAGAAACCGCUGACACCCCGAGUGAAGCAUACUUACUCGACGCAAGCGACCCCGAGGUGCGCAAAGAAGUGGUUUGCGCCAAAGUCAGCACAGAUGAAGACACAAAGAAGCCGGGCCUUGGCGCACACCGAUUCUUGAGAUUCUCGACCCUGAAAUCCCUACAGCGCGGGAUCGCCACCCUAAUCGUGAAGGUUAAGAACUUCAAGAACAAAAGGGACACCAGAACCACUAGAGCCAACACGCUGAGCCAUCGUCCCAGGGUACAAGGCGAGCAACAGAAGCGCAGAGCCCCUACAGUAGAGGAAUUAGAUCAGGCCUUGCGAGUCAUUAUACGUACAACACAGAGAGAAGCAUUCAGCGCUGAACUGAAAGGCGCAAAUACAGACCCCGAAAACCCAAGAGAAACAAAGAAAAACGCGAAGAAAGCCCUCAGAGGAUCACCGCUAUACCGCCUCGACCCAUUCCUUGACAGUGACGGAAUUCUGCGUGUCGGCGGCCGGCUUAGAAGAACUGAGAUGAACUACGAACAGAAACACCCCGUCCUUCUACCCAGAAAGCACCAUGUCUCACAGCUAGUCGCCCUCCACCAUCACGUCAAAGUGCACCACCAAGGCCGACUAAUCACAAGCGGCGCCACACGCCAAGCCGGGUUCUGGCUGAUUGGAGGCCACGCCACCGUCACAAAAGCCAUCAAAGACUGCGUGACCUGCAAGAAGCUGAGGGGACGCCCACUAGAGCAACGAAUGGCAGACCUGCCUCCCGACAGGACUGAAGUCUGCAGCCCGUUUACGAACGUUGGCUUCGACGUAUUUGGGCCUUGGUCGGUGAAGUCACGAAAGACAAGAGGAGCCAUAGCUAACGCAAAGCGCUGGGGACUAGUAUUCACGUGCCUCAGCAGUAGAGCGAUCCACAUAGAGGUACUCGAGUCCAUGGAUACUAGCGCCUUUAUCUGCGCGCUUAGGAGGUUUUUCGCGCUGCGCGGCCAUGCUAAACUGCUUAGGUGUGAUUGCGGCACUAAUUUUGUAGGAGCUAAGACCGGACUCGAUAGCGCAAUGAAGGAGCUUAAUAAGGAGGAUGCAGAGAGAUUCGUCAGAGAGCAAGGAUGCGAGUGGAUCCUCAACCCCCCACACGCGUCGCAUUUCGGAGGUGUGUGGGAGAGACAGAUCCGCACAAUACGACGAGUCCUCGACGGCAUGUUCGCAGAGCUAGGAGACCACCAACUGACGCAUGAUUUGCUAGUAACGCUAAUAGCAGAGGUCGCUGCGAUCGUGAACGCCAGGCCAAUAUCAGCUCUACCGAUGGACGCUGACCAGCCGCAGCCCCUCUCACCUGCGAUGCUUCUAAGCAUGAAAGAGCGCCCUACUGGACCCCCUCCAGGCCGUUUCUUGCCCACAGACAUCUACGCACGUCGCCGCUGGAGAUGCGUCCAGUACCUGGCGGAGCAGGUCUGGUCGAGAUGGAGAAGGGAGUACCUCCAGAAUCUCCAGCCCCGCGAGAAGUGGAACGGAACAACGGAGAGUCUGCGCGCAGGCGAUAUCAUACUACUAAGGGACGAGACGGAGCACCGCAACGACUGGCCACUAGGACGAGUAACAGAGGCGGUGAAGAGCGAGGACGGUAGAGUUAGGAAGGCGAAGGUAGAGGUAGUUAGAGACAGAGUCAAGAGGACCUACUUGCGCCCCAUCAAGGAACUCAUCCUGCUUAUCCGCGCAGAUGACGACAAAGAGAGCCAAGAGUAGGGUAGAAAAGAUUAGAAUAGCAAGGAUUGAAAUCCUUGGGCGAGGAGUGUUAUGAACAUUGAAAAUACAAAAAAGAACGUUGAUUUAAAUUGAACGGAUUAGAUAGUUUAGACAAUUGUUUAGUUGAGUUACCACGGCUUCCUCUGUUUUGAGCACAGCCGCCCUUUCCUAUGAUUAGACUGAUAAGAUUUAUUGUAGUUUACGCAUUUCCCUUUGAGUAAGAGUUUAGGAAUGAGGCACGUCCUACUUUAGGACACGUCCCACCUACCUAUAAAUUAUAGUACCUAUUUAGCAAUCUUUAAGAGUUGAGCAGAGAAACCGAAGAGAGAAGAGUUGAGUUGAGAGCCAGAGAAGUAGAGUUAGAGAAGUCAGAGUGGAGUUUGAAGAGUUACAAGCUUACUUGGAGUUGUAUUUCUUUAAGCCCCGGAGACGAGAUCAGACGUAAGUUGAAUUUGUAAAUAUUGAUUUAGCCUUUUUGCGAUUUACAGAACUGCCUGUAGUCCUUAGGUUUUUAUCCUAAAUUUGUGAAUUGUUAAUUACUUCAUAGUUAUCACCGCAUGUGUUCGAUAGUUGGACGAGUUGAUUGUAAUAAACGCUGUUAAAUCAA